AGGCUUGCUGAGGAGGUGUUAAAUGGAGCAAACUGAAGUGAGCAAUGUCAGUGCGGGAAGGUCAAGGUUUGGAAGUACACAAGAGGCAGAAAGAAGAUGCGUGUCCUUUUUGUAGCUGUUAUACUUUGUGCUCUGUCAGCACCAACCUGGAGCUCAGAUGAAGGAGAAGGUGCGGGCUUAGGAGAUUUGUUUGGAGGAUUCAGUGGAGGUCUAAAGAAUUUGGGAGGUUUGUUUGGAGGAGGUGGCGGAGGUCUAAAGAACCUGGGAGACUUGUUUGGAGGAGGUGGUGGAGAUCUAAAGAACUUGGGAAGUUUGCUUGGGGAAGAUGGUGGAGGUCUAGAGAACUUGGGAAAUUUACUUGGAGAAGGUGGUGAAGGUCUAGAGGUUUUAUCAGCUUUAAAUGGAGGUGGCAACAAUCUGGAGGGUGCAAAAAAUAAAAGGAAGAAAAACAAGGGUAGAAAAAACAAGCAAAGAAACAAAAAAGGACAGAAGGAAGAAUAAAAAGCAGGCCAACCAACGACAUUCUGAAAUGUUUAAAAAUUGAAAGCAGGAAUCGAUACCUUGGAAAGCUCAUAUAAUCCAGCAAUAUAUGAACCAAUUCUACAGAUGCUGCAACAUCUGAAAAAUCUCAGCUAAAUCUGCAUUUCCACAAUGUAACAGGGACUAUUGUAACAACCUGGUAAUUAAGGGAAAAGGCUCAUGUUAACAUUUGUUUUUCCUCCAUAAAUACAUUUUAAGUAAGCAAACUAAUCUGGGCGUUGGGGGUGGUGAAGACUUGAUUGUACUUUGGGUUGUUUAACAGAAUAUUGUGCCUAUUGGGUUUUGCAAAGACUCAAAAAUAAAAAAAAUAGCUGCAUGAA